UACAUUUUCCCGAUAUUUAUUCUUACAGGUUAUUUUGAGGCGAUUUGUUCUAUAACAGCCUGACUUUCAACGCUUAAAAAAACGAAAUUAGACGACAUAAUAAAUCUGAUUGAUACAUGAUUUUUUGGCUUUUGUAGCAUGUAAACAAACGUACCCCACCAUUACCUGUCAGACAAAAACAGGUUCGUUUUCAUCAACAAUACUCACUGUGGCAGUGUAAGCUUACAGCAUGGCAGCUGAAGGCGAGAAGAAAUGCAUUCUGGAGAUGGUCCAAGCUGAUGGUUCCGAUGAGGGCAGUGUGACGUUUGUGUUGCAUGAUGAAGACCAUACACUGGGGAACUCCCUGCGAUACAUGAUCAUGAAAGACGAGUCAGUUGAGUUUUGCGGCUACACCAUCACGCAUCCAUCAGAGAGCAAGAUCAACUUUCGCAUUCAGACACGAGAUGGAACUCCAGCUGUAGAGCCUCUGAGGAGGGGUCUAACUGAACUCCGGGAUGUUUGUCAGCAUGUUCUCAAUACCUUUGAGGCAAACGUAAAGGAGUUCAAAGAGAAGCAGGAGCAACCCAUGGAAUGAAGACCAUUAACCAAAAUCAGUUAACAUUUCUUCUGUAUAUAUAUUGUCUUAUUUAUAUACUAAGUCUAGUUUUAUACAGAAGGGACGGCAUGUUCAAAGAUGUUUGUAGGGCCUUUUUUGUGAAAAAAAGCAUGUUUGCAUUUUUUUUCUGUACCAUUUUUCUUGAAUUGUUGGCAUGAGGAGAGAAAACAACAUUAAACUUUCAAACACAAA